AUGAACUACACCGAGAUGGAGGCCAAAAAAGGUAGUGUGAUAGAGUCCAGAGGAUUAAUUAAGCGCUCUCUUAAAAGUCAGCAUUUCAAUGAGAUUAUGCCAACAAUAUAUAAACGGUUCACAGAGAAGGAAGCUAGACAGUGGCGUCAAAUUUACAAGGCUCUCCAAUUGCUUGAAUAUCUUGUUAAGCAUGGAUCUGAGAGAGUAGUAGAUGAUGCACGGGCUCACUUGAGUACUAUUAAAAUGAUGCGGAAUUUUGCAUAUAUUGAUGAAAAGGGAAAAGAUCAAGGAAUCAAUGUUCGAAAUAGAGCAAGAGAGCUUGCAGAACUUCUGAGCGACGUAGAUAAAAUUAGACAGGAAAGGAAAAAAGCGAGGGCCAAUAGAACUAAGUACACGGGUGUCAGUUCUGAUACUGUCGAAUAUGGCAGAUCACGAUAUGGUGGAUUUAGUAGUGACACAUAUUCAUAUAGUAACGAACGCACCAGAUAUGAUGAUCCAGAAACGCAAUGGCAAAGUGAUUAUCGAUCUGGUUCUCCAGCGGACGAGAUAUCACCCGGUGAGGAUACUACGCGUUCCGACCAAAGUUCAACGAAGAAGUCAACAGAACUGUCACCGGUCAAUUCGGAAAUAAAAAGCGAAGUUAAUCUGUUUGACUUUGGUGAAACGCCGAGCUUUAACACCAAUCCAGCACCACUUACGAACGAUUUUGGGAUAUUGCAGUCAGCAACUGCUGAUGAUGACUUUCAAGACUUUCAGAGUGCACCAUCGCUUGCCCCUCCUUCACAGAGAUCUUCCGUCAUACAGCAACCUUCUUCAGGUUUAAUCGGACUCCAGAUCAACCCUAUUUCACAAGUAUCACCCAUCACCAAUAGCAGUACCAUCGUGAAUAAACCAGGAGUUAAUAACAGUAACUUGUUUGACGAUUUGCUUGGGCCUUCGCCAGCUGUUGCGUCUAAAAGUACGACUUUACCUAUUGUACCGAACUCGACAAAUCCAUCAACCACACUUCUUAAUCCUUCAAAGAUUAAUUCUCCAACAACACCACCCAAACAAAAUUCCUCUAGCUCCAAAACAGCUUUUCCCGCCCUAAAAUCGGAUGACAUUUGGGCACAAGCAUCAAACCUGGUUAGUUUGGACUCUUUGGGAAAAGAGAAGAACACAAAGCAGCCCAUGAAGCCAUCAAUGAAUUCUCUUGCACAAGCUGAAUCUGCAUCCUGGGCGGUUAAAGGUACUUGGACGGGUGCGCAACAGAAUCCAAGUGGAGGUCAAAAGUCGCAAGAUCCAUUCGAUCUGCUAUUGUAG